UGGCAGUGGUGACCGGUCAGACGACGCUGCGUCGGCUGCCAAAGUUUGUUGACAUCCUGACGCAUCCUGACGAUCUUGACCCAGACUCGGGGGCGGAACGUUUCGACACAUUUUGGUGUCGAAAAGUCCUUUGACUUUGAAAUUAAUUAUUAAAUAAUGAGUGACAACAAUCAGUCAACUAUUCGUUCGUUCCCUAUCACAUGGUUUGACUGCUCACAUGUUGUAGAACCGGAGUCUGUUGCCAUUGGUGUCAUGCCCGGCAUGAAAUUCAAAUCCACAUGGAGAAAUGUUGAACAGGAUAUAAAGGUGUUGACUGACAAUGGAAUUAGAGACGUAUUUUGUCUAUGCAAACAAGGGGAGCUGUCCUUUUUUCGUGUACGAGAACUGUUUGAUGUAUAUCGUGGCAAAGGAAUCAGAGUUCAUCAUUACCCCAUUGAGCCAGAUCUUUCGCCCGAUUUCAAAGAAAUACACAAAAUACUAGUGGAUCUUUGGGAUACAUUGCUUGAUGGAAACAAAGUGUAUAUCCAUGCUCAAAGUCUUUUGGGUCGUGUAAGUGUUCUCAUGGCUGCUUUCUACAUGGAGCUAGAGGAAAAUGUUACACCAGCCCAUGCCAUUUUUAAGAUCCGAGAACUCAUUGGAAAUGGAGCUUUUCAAACAAUGCAGCAAUAUAAUUUUAUUGAUGGAUUCAGAGAGUUUCAAGCACAACACAGAAAUGAAAUUUUAUCAUGACUUUGUGACUAAAGUUUUUCACGUUAAACUACUAACAUUAGUUUCACUCACAUCUAACUUCAGUCCCAUAUUCAUACUUCACAUGUAACCUCUCACAAUAGGAAGAAAAUUUCUAUGUAACUUUUGGUGAGAAGUUCUGUACUAUGUAAUCAUUUCCUAAAUCACAGUCCAUAAAUAUAGUGUUUCCUUCUCUAUGUUUAAGUUUACAUACUAAAUAAUUAUUAUUUAUGUUAUGCUCUAGAAAAUUUUGUUUUUAAUUUAGAUAGAUUAGCUCAAAUUAUAUAAUUUUGUUUUAAUUUCACCAAGAGACUAAAGAUUGAGUUUUAUUUAUUAUAUUUAAUGUCCUAAUACUAGAAACCAACCAAGGAUAACAAUGUGAUCGUUUUUGUGAUGUCAUCACAAUAGUUUUAAAAUCAUCAAUGAAAUUGAUUUAUGAAUUAUUUGACGUGUGCGGGGGAGCAGCCAGUUGUGUUAUGUAGAUGGCUGCAUCUGUUACGACAAAUUGAAAUUUAUUAAAACAUGACUGAAAAUAAGA